AUGUCUAAAGCAAAGAUUCGCAUAACCACCUUCUGCAGACUGCCCAUCCUGGUAUCAUCUGUGGUCAGUCUGUACUUCCUGGAGUGGACGGAUGUGUUCAAGCCGGUGAAGUCUGGCUUCAACUGCCAUGACCGCAGCCUGAGCCUUCCAUACAUCGACCCCAACCACGAGGUCAUCCCUCUCCUGAUGCUGCUCAGCCUGGCAUUCGCCGGACCCGCCAUUACGAUAAUGAUCGGAGAGGCCAUCUUGUUCUGCUGCAUGUCUCGGAGGAAGAGCGGUGUUGGGGCUGAGGCCAACAUCAAUGCCGCUGGCUGCAACUUCAACUCCUUCAUACGCAGAGCUGUUCGCUUUGUUGGCGUUCAUGCUUUCGGUCUCUGUGCCACGGCCCUCAUCACUGACAUCCUCCAAUUGAUGACAGGCUACCCUGCACCCUACUUCCUCACGGUGUGUAAACCCAACUACACCACGCUCAACGUCAGUUGUGAGCAGAACCCCUACGUCAUGGAGGAUAUCUGCUCCGGGGCCGACCCCGCAGCCAUCAUCCAGGGCAGAAAAUCCUUUCCGUCGCAGCACGCUACCCUUGCAUCCUUCGCCGCUGUCUAUGUUUCGAUGUACUUCAACAGCACUUUGACGGACUCAUCCAAGCUGCUCAAACCCCUACUGGUCUUCUCCUUCAUUAUAUGUGCCAUCAUUUGUGGUCUGACCCGGAUUAUUCAGUACAAGAACCACGCCAUUGAUGUCUACCUGGGCUUCCUGCUUGGAGGAGCUAUUGCUGUCUACCUGGGGUUGUAUGCAGUUGGAAAUUUCCAGCCUAGUGAAGAGGCCAGUGCCAGUCUCCCUCCAUUGCUACACCGCCCCCCCUGCUCCUUGCCCCAUAUAAGCCAGGAGGCCGUACUCCACCACCUGCAGAUGAAAGCCAGCAUGGCUGGGGAGACUGGCAUACACACCUCCCACUCUGAGGGCCUCCUCCAACGAGGCCUUCAACAGCAGCGGUCUGAAGACAGUCUGAAGCGUUCCAGUGCAGAUGUGGAAGUGAUCUCCCCCCGCAGCCCCCAGAGCAAAGACGCCAUGAUGACCUUUAGCCACACCCUUCCACGGGUCCACACCCCCCAGGCAAUGGCAGCAUAUGAGGAAGCAGCCAGACGUCACGCUGCCACCCUCCACCAUGCCUCCAUGGACUCCAGUCGCUCAAAGCAGCUUCUGUCUCAAUGGAAAAGUAAGAACAACAACCACAAAUGCUCCCUGCAGGUCCCAGAAUCCUUCUCCUCCUCUGUAGAUUCAACAUCUGGCCAUUCCUCCCAGCAUCCGCAUCACCAUGGCAGUAUGGAGCUCCGAUCCAGCUCUGAGCCAUCAGCUAUGAGCCUGAAUGGAGGCUUUGAUGGUCAUGCUUAUAUGUCCAAACUGGCCACAGGUGCAAGUACAACCCUGCCCAGUAACUGUAGUGGCAUCACCGGAGGAGCCAGAAUAUCCAUGCAAUCUAGGCCUGGGUCUUCACAGCUCGUUCACAUACCAGAGGAAGCUCAUGAAAAUUACAAUACCACCUCCCCGAGGGCGGGGGGUGGAGCAGGAAGUGAGGGGAUGUCUACAAUAAAUAGCACAGUUCAGGCAAACUGGCAAAGGGCAGCAGAGAAGACUACAGCCUGUAGGACUAACGAUAAUGGGCACAUCACCCAGCCGCGAAUUAUGCAAGUGAUUGCUAUGUCCAAGCAGCAGGGCCUACUACAGACCCAUUCUAAGAGCUUAGAUGAGAGUAGCAUAGGCUGCAGCACCGCUGGGAGUUGCCAGGGCUCUACUCGCUUUAGGGUGCUAACUGAUCAUGACCCCACCAGCACCACAGGGCCCAGCUCGCUGGGUAGCACCACAGGCAGUAUUUCAGGGAGUACCGGUGCAAUUGUCAGAGUAGAUGCCCACCCUGAAAACAACAGACCGAUAAUCCAAGCUCCGUCUACAGAUGGAAGUGGAUCAUGGAGAUGGCGGUCCCUGGAUCAUGGCACUGGAGCUGGUGGAUGUACAGGGACUAGUGGAGCAGGAGGAGCAUCAGGAGGAGGAGCUGGGAGUUUGAGGCAGUCCUUUGAGCUCAACGAUCUAAACAGAGACUCAGAAAGCUCAGACUCUAUACGUGAAGGGUCCAUUGACAGAAAGCGGGGCAAUCACAUCGUAACCACCACAGCCACCGUUAGCACCCCUACCAUAGUUACUGUUCACACCCAGAACACCAGUCAGUCAGAGCACAGGCUCCACCCACAGGGCCUCUCUACAAUAAGGGUCACUCCAGGGGAUGGUAGUGGUUCUGGGUCUGGAGGAGGUGGUGGAGGAGGAGGUGCAGAGAGCGCUUCAGAAACCCCUUCCGUUGCCUCCAGCCGUGAGUCCACAUUGCGAAGAAAAGGCAAUAAUAUUAUCCUGAUUCCAGAGAGAGCCAGCAGUCCUGAUAACGCCCGAAAUAUUUUCUACAAAGGAACGUCGAUAACUCCUGUUUUCAAGGACUAACGUACAAAAUGACUGGAGGCUUCUGAGAAGAUGUAGCUAUUAAUGCAAGACAGCUGGAUUUUCAAAGAACCUCAUAUCUAUGAAAGUCAGUAUUACCUGCCAUUGUAUAUAUCAUAAUAACUUUAAAAGAAAAUGUUUUAUUCAGCAUGAAAUUUUUGUACAUGUUUACACUAAAUCACAACCUUUUAAGUGUUGUAGAAAUAAUCACUGUGUACUUUUGUGGUCACUCCUAAGGAAACCUGUUGUAAUGUUGAUGCUGUGCCAGUGCUUUGGGGACAGGAGAACCUUUUUUUAAAAGCUCAGUAUGUUUUAGAUAUACAUUAUCAGAAAAAAAGAAAGUAGCACAGUACUGUUCAACUGUAGCAAACUACAGCCAACUAAUUGUAUCAUAGCUGUAGAACCAGUGUUUACUUCCCUGCACUGUAAAUACUGUGGAAAGGGUGCUAGACCAGAAAAUGCUAUUUACUACAUAAGAUACUUUAUAAUUUGAAUAGAUAAAUAAUUAAUUAUUUUAGAGUGAGCAACAAUGACAUUAGUAUAUGACAGAGGUAUGUUUUGUAUUUUGUGUUUUUUCUGUACAGAUAUCACAUACUCAACAGAAUACUGUUUUUUAACCAUAAGUGUGCUUAGCAUUCCUUCUGUAGCUAUGAAGUCAAAUAUGCUGUGACUUGCACUGAAAUAUGCGUUUACUGUACCUUGUAUAGUGUAAACCCUGACCUUAUCUUCAUAUCCUGUACUUACAUAUGGAUGUUCAUGCCAAACAUGUACCUACAGCACAAAACAAGCAGCAAAACACAAAGAUUGUGCUUAUUUAGACCAUAAUAUAAUAAGUACAUUUCCAAAACUAAAUGCAAUACUUGCCCUCAAGCCACUCAACUGAAUUUGGCAGGUUUUCAUCUGCUUAAAAGGGGUCUAGCUUUUAAAUGAGCAUUUUGAUAAAUACACCUGCUUCUGUCAAAUCCACAUCCAAAUGCUAACAUUAAUAGAAUCACAAAGUGGGGAAUUAUUUUGGGGGGUUCCUGGCGGUUUGAGCCCUUCCAAGGCCACGUUCACACUAAUAUGUUUUUCUCUUAUCUCCAUUCACACAACAGUUUUAGUGCCGUUUCAGAAAUGAUCGCCGUCCAUACUAAUAUGAUUUACAAACAUGAACGGUUACAAAUCAAAGCACUAACUACAUUAUGGGUCAAGAAAGAAACACGUCUCACUCGUUUCCCCUCGUUUCGUUGUCUGUUCUCACACUCGUAGCUUUGCUGGGUGACUGGAAGUCCCUGUCGUACUGGACAGCAGAUUUAUGAUUAGUUUGUUUACAGUUUCUUUGUGAACUUCACAAUAGUUGUGCAGAACAAAGCCUCAAAGCCUCAAACAUCCGACCUUUGUAGGGCUGAUCACGCCGUUGGACAAAGGAAUUGAUAGUCUCAAGUGCGUGUAGUCAGUAGUAACAUUAUUAAGAAAAUGCACUUUCCAACUCUGUAUCAUCUUUAUCUCUGUGUGUUUGCAACAGAGAUUGGUUGGUCAGAAAUUUGUUUAGCCUUGCUUCGCAUAAAUACUUAGCUGCCUGCUGUCUUUGUGCCAAGGAGUUGUUGCAAAACACAGGUACCACCAUAUCUCAUUUUCUGUUUCUGUUCAUGUUGAGUUGUUUUAUCUACUAUUUAGAUUGAGGCUACCACUCUUUCUGGUUAGCUUAACACAUCAGGGACCUAUGUCUGUACUGGAUGCACAGAGGUGACACUGAUAUUGAUCUUCUGACUCUGAUUCAGAUAGCAAACAAACAUAUUUCCCAAAAUGUGGCAGUGUUUCUUAAAUCAUCUUUUUCUUAGAGGAAUAACAGAAUUUCCGAACUUUGUUCUUUAUAAGCGGAACUCUCUGUAAAGCACUGUGCUCAACAUAUUCAAAAAACUUAUUUUGUUGUACAGGUACUACAUGUAGCAUUUUUCAACAAGAAUAUUCAAUAUUGCUGUUGAAUUGUAAUACCUCAGUAUAAUUCUCAUCAUCAAAUAAAAAGCUUUUGGGACCUUUGGCUUUGCUGAACAGUUUUAGCACUCCCUCCACUAUAUGCCGUAUGCACUGGAAGAACAGCACCUUCUUCCAGUUUUGUGCUGUGAACUAAUUUCCUUUUGUGCCAUAAAGCAACCAGCCGAUUUUAUACCAAAUCCAACCCAGUGUAUGAAAUGCUAUGUAGAUGCUGCCAGUUCUCUGAGAAACCGUUCAAUAUGUUUUUAUUUCUUUUUUUACAUUAAUACAAAGUACAACCAGGUUAGUGACUGUUGUUUAUAGUGUUUUUUUCAUUAUAGUGCAUAUUAUUCAUUCGUAUCUUGGUGGUUAAAUAAGCACCCACUGGAUAUAAAUUGAAUUUGAUACAAACACAGUAUAGGCACAAAUUGUGCUAUGAAAAUGUUUAGCCAGAGUGAAUAUAUGUGAACAUUUGCCAAAGCUUGAAUUUUUCAUCCAAAAAGAAUAUAAAUCAUCAGAUGUAAUUUUCAGUAUUUGUAUAGCAAUCCUGCAUUAUAAUGUACAUGAUUUAUUCUAUAGCCCAAUAACAUUCGCAUGGUCACUUUUCUAUAAUAUAUCACAAUAUUUUUAUCAUAAAUGUGCUAAAAAUUCUAAAUAAUUUAAUUUACAGAUGUGUUUAAAUAUGUUCUUUAUUUCUGUGUUUCAUAGUAAGAGUUAUAUGACAAUCUUUUUUAUCUAAGUGCUGUUGCCCCUUCAGGUCAAUACUGCAGGUGGGUUUUUGUUUUCUUGCUUAAAUGAAGUACAGUAGUUUUGACUGCUCUCAGAAAGUCAAAACAGGAAACAUGAGACAACAUAGUUAGAAUUUGUGGAACACAAUCCUAUAAAGGUUGAAUUUUAGCAUGAGCUAACUAGGAUUGUGUGAUUUGUAAGUCUUUUGACUUACAGUGCACUGUCCUUCACUGUCGUACUGAGGUGCAUUUCAUAGAGAUCUAAUAAACACCAACACUUGGACCGGCUACGAUACAAUGCAAUAUUUGAGGCAGGCCUACAGUGUGUGUGUGUAUGUGUGUGUGUUCAUGGUAAUGAAGGAACAACAGUGUGGCUCAUUGAAGAGUUUUUAACAACAGUGGAAGAAUAUGUAUCAGACUGUGAUACACACACAGAACUUGUUAGGAGAUACAUUUACUGUUGUUUUGGGUCUGCACAUGAGAAUUGAUGACAUUAAGAAAAAUAUCACCAGAUGUAUCCUUUAUUGUUCUCUUGUGUUUCUUAAGCUGUACUGACACAAAUCAAUAAUUGGCCUGAUAGCUCUUUUGCUAACGUUAACAAAACCUACAAACCUACAUAAUGGAGAAUUACGGGAGCUAAUUUUUAAAGUCUAAUAUAGGACCAAAUUAGUGACUCACUAGUGAUUAGUGACAAAGUACUGACAAUUUCUUAUGAUGUGCAAUACAAUACAGAUACCCACUGAAACAAUACAGCACUCAUUUCUUCAAGAAUAACAUUUCAUCUUUACAGUAAACAUAUCAAAGAAGACAGCCAUUUGUACUCUAUACUUACAGUACAUAAUACUGUAUAUGUAAAACCAGCCCGUUAAUGGACAUCUUUAUAAAGUUGAUCUUGAUGUGAAGGUGCACAAUACAAGUUACAUUCUUUAGAUCAAAGCCUUAACAUUGUCCAUAGUCCCUUUAGUAUGGCACAUAGAAAUAAGAGAAAUCUCCCCAGAAUAACAUAUCUUAUAUAAAGUAUAGAUUGCAUAUAAAAAAAAAAAGAUAUGACCUGAAUAUUUAUAUAGUAUUGUUUGAAAUGAUUUGUCUGAUUUGAAAUCAAAGAGUGUAAUGUGACAUGUGGGUAGAAAUGUAGAUCCAUUAAGUAGAACUGUGAAUGGAUGCUCUCUGCAUGUGUAGCCUCUUGUGUUGUCCCUGGAUGAAUAAUUAAUGUUUUCUGAUACUGUGAUCAGCUGUAUGAAUUCUAUGCAGCAAGAAAAAAACUAUUAAAAUGCUUUUACCAUCAGUUGAGUUCAAAAAGAAAAAAAGGCUAAAUUGUUACAUUCUUGUGUAAUGGUCAAAAUAGCAAAGUAUUGAUUUCUUAAAGCUAGCUAUGACACUGAGUAUUCAGAGCACGUUGAUCAGGGUUGGUAAAACAUUGUGCAUUGUCCAAAUGAUUGGAAUAAAUGUUUGCUAUUGAAACCAAUCGAUAUUUGUCUCAUCCAUGUUGCUGUUGUUGUUUCAGAUUCACAGUUUGUUUUACUCUUGUGUAAAACCCACAACAAUUUACUUAAGUAGCCUUGCUGAUUAUUACUCUGCAAUAUCUACAAAUGGACAUGUAAUUGAGUCACCAAACCUCAAAGUCCAUUACAUUAAUUAAACUUGCAAUUGAAAAAAAGGUGAAACAUUCCAAAAUGCCGGACAUGAAAUAUAACAAAGAAACCCUGUUUAUAGGCUGAGUAUGGAACAUUUAAACUGCAAACACUUUUACACUUCUGUGAUGUUUUUUGUGCUAUUUUCACCCCUGUAUACACCUCUGACCAAAUUAAUUCUGACUUUUGAAAUUUAUAGUUACAUUUGAUUUGAUUUAAAUAAAACAAAGAAAUACAGUG